AUGUACACGUUCCAGAUAUACAAGUGCCCAGGUAAAACUCUCAUGUACCAGUUCAAGUACACGACGGCUGAGCACCAGUUUUUGCGAGUCGACCAAGAUAAGGACAAGAAUUGCAGCUUGGACUGCGCCGGCUCUCCUCAAAAGCCCCUGUGUGCGUCAGACGGAAGGACCUUCCUGUCCCGCUGUGAGUUCCAACGGGCCAAAUGCAAGGAUCCCCAGCUGGAAAUUGCCUAUCGGGGGAACUGCAAAGAUGUUUCCCGGUGUGUGGCCGAGAGGAAGUACACCCAAGAGCAAGCCCGGAAGGAGUUCCAGCAGGUGUUCAUCCCAGAGUGCAACGAUGACGGCACCUACAGCCAGGUCCAGUGCCACAGCUACACGGGAUACUGCUGGUGCGUCACGCCCAAUGGGAGGCCCAUCAGCGGCACGGCCGUGGCCCACAAGACACCUCGGUGUCCCGGUUCUGUAAAUGAGAGGCUGCCUCAGCGGGAAGGGACAGGAAAAGCAGAUGAUGCGGCCCCCCCGGUGCUGGAGACGCAGCCCCAAGGAGAUGAGGAAGAUAUCGCGUCCCGUUACCCCACCCUGUGGACGGAGCAAGUGAAAAGCCGGCAGAACAAGACCAACAAAAGCGCAGUGUCCUCCUGUGACCAAGAGCAUCAGUCGGCCCUGGAAGAGGCCAAGCAGCCAAAGAAUGACAACGUGGUGAUCCCAGAGUGUGCGCACGGCGGCCUCUACAAGCCCGUGCAGUGCCAUCCAUCCACGGGCUACUGCUGGUGCGUGCUGGUGGACACGGGCCGCCCCAUCCCUGGCACCUCCACCAGGUACGAACAGCCGAAAUGUGACAGCACAGCCAGGGCACACCCAGCCAAAGCCAGGGACCUGUACAAGGGCCGCCAGCUCCAAGGGUGUCCCGGCGCCAAGAAGAAUGAAUUCCUCACCAGUGUCCUGGACGCGCUGUCCACCGAUAUGGUCCACGCGGUGUCUGACCCAUCGUCAUCUUCUAGCAGGCUUUCUGAGCCGGACCCCAGCCACACGCUGGAGGAGAGAGUGGUCCACUGGUACUUCAAACUGCUGGACAAGAACGCCAGCGGCGACCUCGGCAAAAAGGAGAUCAAACCCUUCAAGCGGCUGCUCCGGAAGAAAUCGAAGCCCAAGAAGUGCGUGAAGCGGUUUGUGGAGUACUGCGACGCCAACAACAACAAGUCCCUCUCGGUCCAGGAGCUAAUGGGCUGCCUGGGGGUGACCAAGGAGGACGCCAAGGGAAACACCAGGAAGCGUCACACACCCAGAGGAGGAAAUGCUGAGACUGCCAAUAGACAGCCAAGGAAGCAGGGAUGAGAAGCUCAUCGCCCUCUGCCGCUCUUAGACAUGGGGAGCUGCCCUCACCAAAGAGAAAUUAAACCCAGCAAAACCACAAACACAAGAGUGCUUGCACUUUGUACUCAAACUGUACCUUCACGCUGUCGGGCCCGUGAGACGCAGCUGGUGGCCCCCUCGCUGACUGGACGUGCCCUGCUGUCACCUCUGUCCCCCAUGACGGUGGGUGUCCUGGGCGUGCAUUUGGGCAGGGCCUAGCCAGAGGGCUCUGCAGCCCCAGUCCUCCGCCCGCCUCCCACCUUGGCCCGGACUAGGUGUGGAGUCCAGCCAGCAGUCUCUGUUACUUGCUGCCCCCACCCUGGCCCCUUGAUGUUCGCGGCUUGACACUCAGUGUGACCAGGGAGCAGGCCCAGCCCACUCGCCUUCCAUGAGAGUGUCCUGCAGCUCCCCAACCACUAAGGGGACCAGCCAUCAGGCAGAGGCUAACUGCACUGGCGUGUGUGGGCACACUCCGGUUUGGCCCGUGCCUGUGGCUUGGGUGAAUCACGCAGGAAGUGCAGAAGAGCCCUCCCUGCCAUCCAGUGACAACUGGCAGGGGCCCUGUGUCUCCAGAAGGAAGCCUGGUCCUGGUGCCAUCCAUAGCAGAGGCCGCUUGUCUGCCCUGCCAGCCCUGGCCCUGGCCACUGCCUGCUGUGGGUCCACCCAAGCCAUCUGAAAGGCAGACUGGUGAGCAGAUGCCACACUCCUUCCGCAGGGAACAGGGACAUCAGCUGGGCCCAGUCUCUUGGGCACCCACCUCCUCACAGGAUGCCGCAGGGCAUGGGGACGUUCCCAGGGGGGAGUCACUAGACAGGGCCAGGUCAUGUGAGGCCAGUUGCCACCCAGACCGGAGCGGAGAGGCCAGCUCUCUACAACACCCCUUCUGUCUGCCUUCCCCAAAGCCCCUCCACCACAUGCCCUGUAAAAAGAUGUUUGUGAAUCCUCAUGAAGAGUUUUAGGAGGCACGCCCUUUAUUUAAACUGCUGACAUCCAGGCAGACGCCCGGGGCCACCCAAGGCAAGCCGGCUACCCGUCAGCAUUGCUGAACUAGCUCUGACCCUGAAUUUAUUUGAUAAUCUUUUCUAUUUCUAAACUCUGAAUUUAACUGUUUCCCUUAGAUCAAUUAAAAGACAAUAUGCUAUC